CGUGAGCAUCAGUUGAGCAAGUCAUCAGAAGAGUCCAUCAAUCAGAAUAUCCAGAAAUGAAAUUGGCCAGUUUCUUUUAUGUCCUUUGCCUGGCCAAUUUCAUUGGGCCCUCGUCUUGUUUCUGGGGCAAAUUGAAAUCGAAACUUAAAAGCAGUGCAAUUCUUAGUUCGAGUAGCAAAUUUGAUUUGCUGCAUCGAGUGGGUAGACCCGAUGAUGCGUUGGCCUUCGACGACACACCAAUGGCGGAUGUAGCUGGAUCACUGGAACUGGACGGACAGAUUGAUGGGACCCAAGAAGAGGAGCGAUUGUUCAACAGGUAUCCAUUACACGUUUUCAUGAAGAAGAAGCCCUUCAUCGAGUUAUCUGCGACGACGACGACAUCCACGGUCACUGCAAUGGUCACGUUGUCCACAGUUGGACUCUGUGCCCAGUUGGUGAAUGUCACGGGCCCGUGCCGCAUGCGCAAAGGUUUGUGGGUCCGGGAACCCAUCGUUCUAUCCUUCGACGAUGAUAUGGACUCGAUCGACGGCGCUCUAAAUCCCACCAAACCUGUUGGCAUCGAGGUAACUGCAAAACCGGAAAAUAUUCGAGACGUCGUUCAGGAGCGUGAAACUGCGUCUUUAAGGAUCUCUGCCCGAUCGGAUCCGCUGAUUCAAUCGUCGAAAGAAGAUUUGAAACAGGAAAGCUAUGAAGAUGACGUCGAAGAAGGUCGUUUUGGAUAUUUUGGAUUAAAGAACAAAUUCAAGAAAAUCAAGUUCAUUACGGUAGUCACGACAACUGUCGUCACUACGACGAGCACGUCGACUUCUUACGUCACGAUCAGCACCAAGACUUUUUUUGUUCAAAUAUGCACGCCAUCGCCUUUCCCUUUCAGUGUGUGCAGCGUUGGAAAGAAGAAGCGUGAAAUCGAAUUUAAUGCCCAGCAAUUCAAUUCUAAAGGCAAUCAAACGGUUGUCUAAUUUCACGUCGAAAUUCCUAUUAUUUAUAUAGCUAUUUUAUGUUUUAAAUCGUUUUUUAAAUAUUUUUUUAUGGUUGCCACUAUUGUAAUUAACUUACGAAUUAAAUUAAAUCACAUUUAAGUAUUGACUUGAAAUUAUU